UUGAUUCGAACCGAUUCGAACCGAUUCGAGUCGAUUCGAGUCGAUUCGAACCGAUUCGAGUCGAUUCGAACCGAUUCGAACCGAUUCGAACCGAUUCGAGUCGAUUCGAACCGAUUCGAACCGAUUCGAACCGAUUCGAGUCGAUUCGAACCGAUUCGAAAAAAAAUUUUUGUUAGCUACCCGCUUGAUUCGAUCCGAUUCGAGUCGAUUCGAACCGAUUCGAGUCGAUUCGAACCGAUUCGAACCGAUUCGAGUCGAUUCGAACCGAUUCGAGUCGAUUCGAACCGAUUCGAACCGAUUCGAGUCGAUUCGAACCGAUUCGAAAAAAAUUUUUGUUAG